CUCAUUUCUCCAUCAUCCAUCUUGGUCACCUGCAGUCGUUCUGCAGACGAAAGAAAGCGUCAUCUCUCGUUCCAUACAAACAAUACACAAUGUUGGCCCUUCACUUAACGCCAGUCAUCGCUCUUUCAGUAUUGCUAUCCCUCGCUGACGCUCAAUCAUGCGACUGUCCCGACAUGUAUUCAAGAUUCGACGAUCAAGUCGAUUGCUUCUGCUGUCCCGGCACCUUCUACCUUACCACUGACGAAGCCGUCGCCGCCAGGAAUUAUACCGACGCCUUUUGCUGUGUAGAAGUAUACAAUCCGGAUCCAUUUACCUUUGGCGGCGCUGAAAAUUCCGAAAUUGGAGGCGACCAAUUCACCUUUGGUGGUGGAGACGACGAACAGACAUCCUCAGGAGACCCUUUUUCCUUUGGUGGAGGAGACAACGAACAGACAUCCUCAGGAGACCCUUUUUCCUUUGGCGAAAAUCCAACAAGUACCGAGUCAGGAAACGGUUUUACCUUUGGCGAAAAUCCAACAACCACGACAACCACAGCGACAAGCAUUCAGGCCAGGGAUCGGCGCAACUUCGACGACGCAAUGGAGAUCAAUGUCUAA